AACGAGGCCACAACCAUGUGUGCACUGCGUGAUAAGCGGAAAGUGAUUGGGCGAAAAGAAUAUAAAACUGCAACUGCACGGACCUCUGAUUGGCUGUGCGACCAGAAGUGUGCCAUCAAUCAACACUUGUAGGUAAUUAACAAUUAAGUUGUUUCAAACAGAACAGCGCGAGCCUCUGAGGCGCAAGCAGGAGAAUGAAAAUCAUCGCGUGGGAGUUUCUCCAUUACCUGCCGAGCUUCAUGGAGUCGGACAGCAAAAGUUUUCAGCCCUGGAAAGACUACAUGGGACUGUCUGACACAAUUAAAGGGAUUCUGGGCCAGAGCGGCGCCAGCGAGGCGUCUGAUCCCACGCCCCCUGCUCCUGACCUGCAGACCGAUGAACUGUGCCGAGCACUGCUCUCUGUCUGCAUCCGCUCCGCAUCCCCUCCUCGGGUUUACGAUGAGGUCCCGAUGACAUCCCCUCAGUGCACCGAUGGCUUCUAUUACGCAUUACCUUUUUCCGGAGAGGCGGGGAGUUUGAAACCAAGGCAAAAACUUAAUCCCAAAGAGCGAAGGAAGACUCCACGCUUCAAACCCCCGGCAGCCGCGUCGCCUGAGAGAAUGUUCUGCAGUUUCUGCAAGCACAACGGAGAGUCCGAGAUGGUGUACGGGUCACACUGGUUGAAGAACCAGGCCGGGGAGGUGCUUUGCCCCUAUCUGCAACAGUACGUGUGCCCACUGUGUGGAGCCACGGGAACCAAAGCUCACACCAAGCGCUUCUGUCCGAAAGUGGACAGCGCCUAUAGCUCAGUUUACGCAAAGUCAAGACGCUAAACCAGCUGGACCAGGGGAACUCCAGACAACCCGAGUGCGCAGGCAAACCUUUUUUAUAGACUGUUCGAAUUUAUUUAUCAGUGUGUUGUGUUUGAGUGUCUUUAUUUGCAUGCCUUGUAGAGUAGCGGUGCAGCCUUGCGUUGAGCUAAUUGGAGACGUGGUCCAGCUGGGAAAGCAUGGUUGGCUUGUAACGAGUGACUUUUGUCUUUGUAAUCUAUUUAACAACGGUCAAUAUUUUGUUUGUGAACAAAAUAUGAUGUUUGUUUGUUUGUUUGUUUGACAUUUUAAUUGUGGUCAACUGGUAUCCAUAUUCAUUUCUCCUGUCCAUGCAUUGAAGGAUUACUAAUAUUAACACAAAACAGAACCAUCAUGUUUUCAAUAUUUAAGCCUUACAUGACUAUUGACCUUUUUAUAAUACUAGUUCAUGUUCUCAGAUGUAUCUGACGCCUGUUCUAAGGUAUCACAUUUUAGUUAGAAAUGCAUGUUGAUUUUUAAUGUCUUUUGAGAUCUUUAUAAUGAGAAAUACUGUGUAAUCUUAACACAAGUCUUGCAGAAAAACAUUUAUAAAAAUAUCAAUACACAGCA